AUGUCUUCCCAAAGAUAUUUCGCGAUUGCCCAGCGCAAACAGGAAGCGCUUGAUGCUGCUAUCCCUGCUGAAUGGCGUCUACCCGCUCACGCCAUUCCGGAGGGUAUGCUCUCUAUCGCCGAGUCCAUUACCGAGGGCCCCAAGAAAUAUGAGCGCUUGAGCGUCAUGGAGAUCCCACGGACAUGUGGUCUGCUGUCGGCCGAAGAGCUGGAUAUAACGGAGAACUAUAAUAUUCGGAGGCUGGUCGCCGAGAUGUCUGAUGGACGAUUGAAGGCGGAAGAUGUAGUACAUGGGUUUUGCAAGAGAGCGGCUAUCGCGCACCAGCUAACUCGCUGCAUCACGGAGCCCCUGUUUGACCGCGCAUUGAAACGAGCCCAAGUGCUAGAUGCCCAUCUCCAGCGCACGGGCACCCCGUUCGGCCCUCUUCACGGCCUGCCUGUCUCAGUGAAGGAUACAUUCAAUGUGCAAGGAGUAGACUCGAGCAUUGGAUUAGCUGCAUUGGCAUUCAAGCCCGCUAAAGAGAAUGCCCCGUUAAUCGAGCUGCUUGAAUCCCUCGGCGCGGUGAUCAUCGCCAAGACCAACAUCCCCCAGACACUCGCAACACUGGAUAGCUGUAACCACCUGUUCGGGCGCACUUUGAAUCCUCUUAACCGACAAUGGACUGCCGGUGGUAGUACGGGUGGAGAGGGUGCGUUGAUCGCCAUGCGUGGCUCGAUGGUUGGCUUUGGUACGGAUAUCGGUGGUAGUAUUCGUGUCCCGGCCAUGUGCCAAGGUAUAUAUGGCUUUAAACCCAGUUCCGGACGUGUUCCAUUUGGAGGUCAGGAAAAUGGCCAGAUUGAAGGAAAGGGUCGGAUUGGGUUGCAAGCUGUAGCAGGACCGUUGGCUCGCUCUGUUGCUGAUAUCAAUGCCAUCAUGGCCGAGAUUGUCCCACGCGCUGAAUUGUUCGGGGAGGAUGGGAUUCCAGGCUCAUGGUCUUCACACUCUGUGCCAAAAUCCCUCUCUCCCCCUCGGGGUCUCACUAUCGGUGUGCUGAAAACAGAUGGUCUCGUUACCCCCCUUCCUCCUAUCACCCGUAUUCUGGAUGAAGUCGCCGAGACACUCCGCCAUACUCCCGGCGUUGCAGUUAUCGACAUCCCUCUUCCUUCGGUCCUGCCCAAGUGUCAAGCCCUAGCGGGCCGACUCAUGGGUAUUGAUGAUGGCUCUCACAUGCUUGAUCUGAUCGAAAGCAUGGAUGAAGAACUCACCCCUUGGUUGCAAGGCCGUAUGAAGCGUGGCAAGGAUCUCACCAUUCCUCAGCUUGCAGCACUACAAGCCCAGCGUGCAGAAUUUGAAAAGGAGAUGUUGAAGAUGUGGACUCUAUCAAGUGGCUCGUCUAAAGCUAGACGCGUCGACGCUAUCAUCUGCCCGGUAGCCCCACACCCGGUGCCGCAGCUUGAUCGCUACAAUGCCGUUGGUUAUACAUCUACGUUUGUACUACUGGACUAUCCAGCAGGUGUAGUCCCUGUUCGUUCUUUUGCAGAAUCGGAUCUGGAGACUGGACGGCAUAUGGACGCCCCUGUGCUGGGCAGUUGGGACAAAGCUAACCGGCAACUCUGGAACGAAAAGACAACCGACCGUCGUGUAUACCUGGGCUCACCCCUCAGUGUUCAAGUCGUGACCCCCAAACAGCAUGAUUAUGAGCUCUUCCAAGCAAUGGAAGUCAUCGACCGAGCUAUACAGGGCCAAGCAGGACCAGCCACUGCAAAGCUCUAA